AUACCGUUUAAAUCUUCUAGUUAUCACCAGGUCUUCUGGAACAAUUAAAUUGAAUUUAAUAUUCGCGCGCGAAGGGAAUACCAUGGCCCGAGGCAGCUCGUCAACACAAACGCGCUCUCAGAAAACGAACACUGUUAAAUAUGGUCGGGCGUCUCAAGGUUCAAGUCAAACGCAACCAAAGCGUGGUACACGCGCUCAACGCGUCGACUCAGAAGAGGAGAAUGAUGGUAAUGCCGAUGCCGAUGCCGAUGGUGCAUACGACGAAGAGAUAGAUGUCGAAGGAGGCGGAGGUGGUGCAAGUCAAGAAGGUGUUGAUAUCAACUUGAAGGCAAAUCAACUUGUUCGGCUGGCCCUUUUUAUGGAGCAUAAACGGAUGCCGCUGAGAAGAGAUGAAAUUUCUAGGAAAGGUGAGCGCCAAUGCGCAGGAACUUAUCUGUUACCAUAGAGCUACUUUAUGCCUUUACGUUCCAGAACGACGCGUGCUGGAAUAUAAAUCCUGAGAUUUUGAAUUUUCCUAAUGUAUCCUUUAUCAACAGUCUUCGGUCCGUCUUCUCGUGCUUCUCGU